CGGCCUCUUGCAGCGCUGGUUUUUAUGCUGUUCUGCUUGGACCCCCUUUAUGUUUUGUGGGUGUUGGUUCUGCCCCCCUCACUAGAUUAUGGGUUUCCUUUAUAACUCUUCUUGAGUCAUUAAUAGAUCGGCUGUCCUGCUGGAAUGCAUAUUACCAGGUUGCCGUCUCUGAACUUGGUACCUGGUUUUCAGAACAUGGCCUCCUCUGGCCCGCCCUGCCCGCUCCACUCACCCAGCCAUUGAUGCAACAGGUGCCAAAGAGCUAACAGCAAGAAGACCAUGAAACACUGUCAAUAGGCACAGAGGAUAAUUUUCCCAGUCGUGUUUUUAAGAUCCUGAUUCCUGUUUUAAGAGGUGAAAGGUGAAGGAGUUGCAAAUGCAAACGUGGCCUCCUGCCCUUCGUAGUACACCUUAGUCAUCUUUGUCCUCGGAGACUUUCCUACCUAACCAGGCUCUACUCUUAUUCCUCCCAGGGCCUCAUGUUCCGGUGCAGUGCCAACUGCUGUGAGGACAGCCAGGCGUCCAUGCAGCAAGUGCACCAGUGCAUCGAUCGCUGCCAUGCACCGCUAGCUCAGGCCCAGGCCUUGGUGACCAAUGAGCUGGAAAAGUUCCAGGAUCGCCUGGCCCGGUGCACGAUGCAUUGCAACGACAAAGCCAAAGAUUCGAUGGAUGCGGGGAAUAAGGAGCUUCAGGUGAAACAACAGCUGGAUAGCUGUGUGGCCAAGUGUGUAGAUGACCACAUGAACCUCAUUCCAACUAUGACCAAGAGGAUGAAGGAGUCGCUCUCAUCCAUUGGGAAAUAAAAGUCUUUGCCAGUGGCCAUCGGGGUUUAGGGCAGGAAGCAAAACUUACGAAUGAAGAAACUAAGGAUGACAGCAAGUUUAAGACAUUUCACUUGCCUCUGGACCCUGAUUCCUCUGUUUGGAUACUAGAAAGUAAAAUGGAAAAAAAAAAUGGUGCUAAAGUUUGGGUCAAAGAUAGAACAAGAGAGUGUUUUAGAGCCUAAAUUUCAUGUGGUAAGAUUUUAUCCUGGCAGUAGAGAUCUCAGUUGUACCACCUGAGAACCCUCCAAAGUACCAGUGUCAUCUUAAUACACAGAUAUUA